AUGGACGGUGAACUGCGGGAACAGUUAGCCGCCGCCCUGUUCUGGUGGAGUGGUGGGGAUGGCAACCGUCGAGACCAGAGUGAACUGAGCGGUGACGACUGCGGGUCGGAAACACCGCGGGCAGACCCAACAAUUAAGCUCGUCCACCAGCCGGACUACAUCCGCAAUUUGCUGCAGUAUGCCGAAGGGGGAGACAGUUGGAACGGGAUCAUCAACGACGACAUCGAUGCCGACUCAGAUUCAGCCCUGACAAGCCCGAGGGCCGAUACUUUUGCUCAUCACGGAUCCAACGGCCAACGACCUACCUUGGGGCCGAGAUAUCCCGCACGCGAAAAACCUUUGCCGCCGGCGCCCCCGCGCGAAUCUGCUCUGCAAUUUUACCAUACUGACAUGUCCUGCGGAAUGUCGCCGCUUCUCUCUUUCCAUCCAAGCGACGUCCCCGAGUUGACGCCGGACAGGGGGGAAACCUCGAGCCCUUCUGCCACCGGGCCCGCGACGCCGAGUGUACUCGCUGACGUCUAUCUCCCUCUCACUCACCCCGCAGCAAAGAACAAUAAACUUGAGCCGCUCUCCUUGCCCGCGCCCCCAGUCCUGCAAGACCUCAGUCCACGCAAAAUGCCCGGCAGUCCGGCCCGAUCGGGCCUCUCUGGGCCGGACGGGCUGAACACCAUUCAAGAAGGAGACGAUGUGAACGAGGACGCCGACUCUGUGAUGGCAUCCACGGAAAGGUCCUUCACCAGCAGCAGCCACGGCGAGGCUGGUGCGGACCCCACGAGAUCACAUUUCCUAGCCGCCGAGAGCCGCCAUGCCAACGCGCAGAGCGUUAGCUCGUUGGCGACAACGAGUGCCUCCGCUAGCUCGAGCGAAUGGCGGCCCAGCAGCACGAUUCCUCGUCGGAAAUCCAUUAGCACGAGCAUUUUCUCGCGUCUUCGGAAGGAGGGCCGUCCAUCAGUGGAAGAGGAGGCACUGGAGAGGAAAUGCCUAACGCCGCUGGAGCUUGCUACACCGCCAUUCAUACCUCGGGGCGCCGACAAGCUGCCAGACCUUUCACUCUCGCCUUCAUCCCCCACGUUCACGCCCGAAGCUAGCUCGAGAAUGAGGUUCUUUAACCGUGUGCCCUGGCUGGGCGACCCGCAGUCGAGGAAGCCCCGGCAAGUCUUUGGUGUAGACCUCAACGAGAGCAUACGCGCCGCGCCAGCCAAGAUCAGGAUAUCGCACAAAGGAAGGAGCACCUCCUACAGGACAUACCCUUUGUCGGUGUACAAAUGCUGCGAGUAUAUUCGCCGAGCAAGUGGCGUGGACGCCAGCAUCUUCUCUUCCCCGGGCAAUGCCUACAAUGUAGCCAGCUUGAAAGAAACUUUCAGCCAGCCUCCGUUGUACGGCACCGAGUUCCAGUUCGAAGGAAGCGACUACACCCCCUGCGACGCGGCUCGGCUGAUUCUUCUCUACCUCGAGGAACUGCCUAAGCCGCUCAUCCCGCCGUCCGUCGUCAAGUCGUGGAUCCUGCUCGCGCGGCAGGAGGGCGCCAUCGAGCCGCCCAGCCCGCGCGUCGAGACGGGCCUCGAUUUCUGGACCGAGGCGCUCAACCGGCUGCCCACAGCCAACCGCAACCUGACCAAGCACCUGCUGACCGUCUUUGCGGAGCUGCUGCUCGCGCCGUCCGGCGGCAGCGGCAGGGGCAGGGGGAAGAUCACGGAGGCGGACGCCAGGCAGUUCGCUUCGGCCGUGUCCAGGGCCAUGUUCCACCAGGACGCGAGCGCGGGGGUGGCGGUAGGCCACGGCGGCGACGGCCGAAACGAGGAGCAGAGGCGCAAGGACGCGAGGAAGAAUGUGCAUCCCACCCUGGCGCUGGCGUUUCUCAUCCAGAAACGGGGCGAGUAUGUCGUCUGGAUGGGCAAGGCCGCGAGUAAUUCGAAGAGGGAAUCCAAGAUGUUUCUGCCGAGCACGGAAGAGAUGUUGGAGUGGAAGGGGACUGGAGUGGGGCCGUGA